AUGCUCGGCUGCUCGCGGGUCUUCUGUCCCGCUGCCGUGCAACACCGGGGACUCGCGUGGACGCGUGUGUGCACGCGUGGGUUUCUCCUGCGGCAUUUUCGUGUGCUUGUGGGACUUUUCUACCCAUUUCUCAGGCUCGGGGAGUUUCUUGCCACGAACGGCACCAGCACACCUCGUCACUUGUUUGUUCCAGCUCGUCCAGGGACACACACCACAAGUCACAUCGGUCACGCGCUGGUUUCCUUUGGUACUUCAUACUUAACGGAUAUAGUAUGGUGGUCUGGCACUAUUGCAAUGGCUCUGGGUCAAAUAGGGAAUUUCUUGGCCUACACUGCAGUCCCAACUGUGCUAGUGACACCCUUGGGGGCUCUUGGCGUUCCAUUUGGGUCCAUUUUAGCUUCUUACUUACUGAAAGAAAAACUGAACAUUCUUGGCAAGCUGGGAUGUUUGCUGAGCUGCGCUGGGUCUGUUGUUCUCAUCAUCCAUUCCCCAAAGUCCGAGAGUGUAACAACUCAGGCUGAGCUUGAAGAGAAGCUUACAAAUCCAGUUUUCGUGGGUUAUCUCUGCAUAGUGCUGCUAAUGCUUCUCCUGCUUAUCUUCUGGAUAGCUCCAGCUCAUGGACCUACUAAUAUCAUGGUUUACAUCAGUAUUUGCUCUCUGUUGGGCAGUUUCACUGUUCCCAGCACAAAAGGCAUUGGGCUGGCUGCUCAAGAUAUCUUUCACAAUAACCCCUCAAGUCAAAGGGCUCUGUACCUCUGUCUGGUACUUCUGGCAGUAUUAGGAUGUAGCAUUAUCAUUCAGUUCAGAUACAUCAAUAAGGCACUGGAAUGUUUCGACUCCUCUGUGUUUGGUGCCAUCUACUACGUUGUGUUUACCACCCUAGUCCUGCUGGCUUCAGCCAUCCUUUUCAGGGAAUGGAGUAAUGUAGGAGUGGUAGAUUUCUUGGGAAUGGCUUGUGGAUUCACCACAGUGUCUAUUGGAAUUGUUCUUAUACAAGUCUUCAAGGAAUUCAACUUCAAUAUCGGGGAUUUAAAUAAACCUAACAUGAAGACAGAUUAA